AUGGCCCAGACUCAACCAAUCGGACGGGCGAACGUGACUUUUAAAGCUCACCGUGCGAUCAUCUGCACUCAGUCUCACUCCUGCAACUCUGCCCCCGGGCCUGGCUUUCAGAAAAACACACUAUCCCGAUCACACACACAGGAAGCUCCGGCCAAGUCUCAGAACAAAGCGAUGUCUCUUGAACACAAACAAGCUGUUGCUUCCAAAACCUUCCCCGUCUAUCUUGUGGCAGAUAAAUUCGGCAUCCUUCCUCUAGAGAAGCUGACUGCAUUCAAGAUUUCUGUGAAGAUCGAAGACAACUGGAUGACUUCCUUGUUUCCUGAAAUCGCUCUCAAAAUCUUCCUAUCAAUCCCCCUCGGGAUUCCAUUAUUCUGUGUUCUUGUGGAAGUCAUUUGCGACAAUGUGGAUUCUCGUAGUGAGAAGAGGGAGAUUCUUAAGCUGCUCCAGGACUACGGUCAACUUGGCUCUCUCGUUAUUGCGAGAAUAGUGGAAAAUGACGUGGUUGGAUCACGUCAGGCUCUAGAUAGUCAGUCUGCCUGA